AUGACCGACGACGAGCACCGGCAGACCCUGGCUGAAGAGGGGCGUGCCGCUCCCGUCCAGCCUCAUCAGCCCAGCGGAGGAGGUUCGCCACCGCCUCUCGAGAUGGAGAAGAAGGCCGCCGCCGCUGCACCGCCGCCGCCGCCAUCAGCCAAGUCACUCACUAAGGCAGAGGAAGGCAUCAGUGCAAUCAAGGAACUGUGCCAUGCAGCCAAAGCCAAGGAGAACAGGGAGUUUGGUGCUUUCAUUGCUGCCUCUACUGCAAGCAUGAUGGUGGCGUGGUACUUCCUCUCUCCAGAUGGCAGAGGAGCAUACAAUAUGCGUUACAUCAUCCCGAUGCUUCUUGGCUUUGCAUGUCUCACCAGUGGUUUAUCCUUGAUGCUGCUGAGUCAGAACAUCCUUGAUCUCCAGGAAGACCUUGUUGUUGAUGUCCAACUUGUGGCCUCCAAAUGGCUUUCCUUGUUGUGCAGCAUAUUACCUGUGCUAACUUUGCUUAGCUCCUUGGUGCUUUCGGGGUAUAAGAUCUAUAGGUACAUUGGCCUCAUCAUUCUUGGUUUGGUGAUGACACCACUUGCUUUUCUGCGAUGGUACAUUGGACGCAACGUUGAGGGCAGCGGCGAACAAGUGGACAAUGAGCACAAGGAGCAGUUAGAGGCAGCCUUCAAGUUUAUUUCAGCCAUCAGCAACUCUGCGUUUGGUGGUUUGGUUGCCUUGGUGGUUAACUACAACAUCACGGGUUAUUCAGGAAGCACUAAGGGUGCCGUCCUCGCUGCCAUCUUCAUCUUGUUUACUACUGGCAUCUUGGGCCUUCUCUCAAUGGAGAUCCGGACGAAGGUACUAGAGAUCAACAACUCAAGACUUCGGGGAUCCAUCAUUAAAGCAAUGUGGUUCAUAAUUAUAUUUAUGCUUUUAUUGCUGUCUGGUGCAGCCCUCGCAGAAGUUUUUGCUAUAGUUGAGUUCUGGACCUUUGCUGCAUUCCUGCCUUUGGCUUUUGCUUCUGCUAUCUACCUGUUCCCUGAGCGCAGUGUCCGUGUACCCAGGAACAAUAAUUCCAAUGAGUACCUGAUGGAGCAGUUUAAUUGGAAGGCUGAUAAGGGGAUCAAAGUCACCAUGUGGUCAUUUAUGGCAAUUAUCAGUAUCUUUGGAGGUUUCCUUCAUGGCCAUGACAAGAUACAGUAUUUGAAGGCUUGCAUCAUCUUACUGACAUCAGCAUUUAUGUCCGGGUUUGUUCUCACUUUGCUCACUAUCAAGCCAGAUCCAACCAGUACUAGCCUUGCUGCUGCCACAACUAUGCUAGAUUGGACUGCAUCAGCAACAUUUGGAGCUGCGAUAUUUUCCAUUAUGGUUGCGAUGUUUCUGCAAAUCCUGUGA